GCCCCGCCCUCGGCCCUGCCCGGCCCGCCGCAGUCGGGAGCCUUCCCGCAAGUGAGGCCUGAGUCAGGACCGGAAGGCUGGGAAGUGCUGAUCGGUUCCCGACAGUGGGAGCAACAUGACACGAGCACCUCUUGAGACCAUGCCUACAAAGAGUGUACUUUGUCUUGGAGUCCUUGGAGGGGGCAGCUGUGAGGUGCAAGUCAAACCAAGGAAUGUGAGCCCCAGCUCUACCAUGGAAGAGGUGGAAGGCCUGGUUUCUGACAAGAUAAGCUCGGGCUCAGAUGGGAAUUUGACUGGAACUGGAAUGAUGAAGGUAGCCUCAGGCAUCUCUCCAUGGCCUUUAUCUCUGACAAAGUAACUGGUCUUCUUACGUGGCAUGGACUAACAAGACGGAACUUCCAGCCAGGACAGGCAGAAGCUACAGAUCUGUUAAGACUCCACCCUUAUGAAAAAGCUUUCUCACCCAAGUAUCUGCAGAACUGGUCUCUCGCCAAGCCAACAAAAGAGCCUUUAAUUCAAGCCCUUCAGAUAUAUUCUCCCCACUUUUCCACUUCGUAUUCACAAGCCCUUCUCUCCCCACCUCGACCCCAGAGGAUUUCUUCCCACGAGGGCUAUACUCAGAUUAUCGCCAAUGAUCGUGGUCAUCUGUUGCCUUCGGUGCCCCGUUCCAAGGCAAGUCCUUGGGGUUCCUUCAUGGGCACCUGGCAAAUGCCUCUGAAGGUACCCCCUGCUCGGGUGACUCUGACCUCCCGUACAUCUGCUGGUGCUGCCUCCCUCACCAAAUGGAUACAGAAAAAUCCUGAUUUACUCAAGGCCUCCAAUGGGCUGCAUCCUGAAGUCUUAGGCAAGCCCCAUGAUGCAAACAGCCUGAGGAAACUUGGGAAGUGUAUCACAAAGACUGUACAACAAGUACCAAGUCCAACCGUAAUCCCAAACUCUCCAGCCUCAAAUCGCAAUUCCCCAGAUCAACUCCAAAGCUCACACCCCUCUGCAGGUCACACUCCAGGUCCCCAAAGCCCACCUAACUCUCCAAAAAAAAAAAGAAGCCCAUGUAUGCUAGAACACUGUGCAGGUCCUAAUCUAGCUGAGCUCCAGAAAUGCAAACCUGAAACUCCAUAAGGGACUAAGGGACCACACUGAGAAAACCUGUCUAGAGACUGAGUGAUGAAGCAAGACCCCUCCAGUCAGGGAAAUUAUGGAUGGGAAUAAAGGCAAAUUUGGAA